ACCUGUUGCUCACAGCAGUCAGUUUAAGUUUUACAUUUGGAAACCUGUUGAUCUGUAAAUUAUAUAAAUACAACAGUGGACCUGAAUCUUAAUUGGAGCUCUGGACCAUGGUCGGGCAAACCGGCUGCACCAUGAGCAUCCCUUCAAGUGUGGGCACACAGAGCCAGCUGCCUGCCGCGUGGAGUGCACACUACACCAGCACUGAUGGGUCUACAGCAGGGAUCCUGGGGAGGAUGUGGCAGGAAACCCCCCCUCAGUUCUGGUCCAAGUUCCAGGUGUGGGAAUGGCUGCAGCAAACCUUCGACGUUCACCAGCUGGAUGCCAACUGCAUUCCCUUUCAGAACUUUGACAUUGACGGAGGCCAGCUGUGCACCAUGAACCUGCAGGACUUCACCCGGGCUGCUGGUAGCAUGGGCCAGAUACUCUACCACAGUUUGACUGAGCUGAAGUGGAAUGGUCAUUGUGUAAAUGAACUCUUUUCACCAGUGGAUAUUAAAACAGAAAUUGAUGAACUACCAUGUAUGCUGCACCCAUUUAAGGAAGAGAGCUGUUUUUAUGACUGUACCAACACAGAUCUGUUAGACAUCAAAGUGCCCUAUCAAGCUUCAAUGGGUCAAAGUACAUCGACUCCAGUUACUCAGGUUCCAGAGGUGAAGAGGAAACACAACAGACAACAGGAAGGGCAGUUUAAAAAACAUAACCCCCGAGGGACACACCUGUGGGAGUUCAUCAGGGACAUCCUUUUGAAUCCAGAGCGGAACCCAGAUCUGAUAAAGUGGGAGGAUCGUACAGAGGGGAUCUUCCGCUUCCUGAAAUCAGAGGCUGUUGCUCAGCUCUGGGGCAAGAAGAAAAACAACAGCAGCAUGACUUAUGAGAAGUUGAGCCGAGCAAUGAGGUACUAUUAUAAGCGGGAGAUUCUUGAACGCGUCGAUGGAAGGAGGCUUGUCUACAAAUUUGGGAGGAAUGCACGAGGGUGGAGGGAAUCUGACAAGUAAUACAACAAGUUGUGCCUUCAUUUGUUACAAUAUUAAGAUGUAAAAAAUAGAUAUUUUAUUUAUAACCUUUGUAUCAUGCAGCUAUUGGUUAAUAUGAAGUAGCCUGACUUCCUUUUUUUUGAGAUUUUUUUACUUGUGUUUUAUUAUUCAAGUGUGAAACUUGGCCCAGUUGUCUGUAUUGAUCCAAGUGUAAAACAGAAAGCCACACUCUGCUCAAGUUACAAAAGCCUCCAGCGAUGGCAGUCUGGGUAAUAUGAAAUAUGAGCAUUCCAUCGUGAGCGCUCACCGCCAUCUCUACAUUGAUCACAUAUGAAGCUUUUCUCCAGUGGAAUUUUGACUUUACAAAUCACCAUUGCUUUUCCUUGCUCUUGGUCUUAAUUGUCCAAUUAUUACAUUACAUAUUUGUUUUCUAAACACACAUUUCUAAUUUGUUUUAUAUAACUUGGACAAGUGGGAAUCUACGUCAUCUGCCAGUAUCAUCUGCAUCUACUGGUUAGUGUCUGAUGUCUCCUCCUUACAUUUGAAUAAACUGCCUUCGGUCUGCUAAACAGAACCUUAUCUGUUUUACUAGUUGGCCCACUCUGCCUUAUUUGCUAGGUUGCAUUAACUUAAAUGUUGGUUGUGAAAACACCUGUUUAGCAUGAAUUCUCCUUUUAAAAAAUAUAUGUGCUAUCAGAUUUUUUAUUAAAACCAUUAGAGGUGUGUCAAUAGUUCAUGUAU